GAGGUCGUUCUUCAGGUCGACGCCGCUGCAGCAGCCCAGCGCGCCCGCCGCAGCCAUGGCCUCCCGGCCUCGAAGCCCGUCCAAGUACGGGAGCCGCUGUGACGGCGACGCGAGCCCGCCGUCCCCCGCGAGAUGGAGCCUCGGACGGAAGCGCAGAGCCGACGGGAGGCGCAGGAAGCCCGAGGACGCCGAGCAGGACGAGUGCCGGGCCGCCGACCGCAGGCCCGAGAGUUUUACCACUCCUGAAGGUCCCAAGCCCCGUUCUAGAUGUUCAGACUGGGCAAGUGCAGUUGAGGAAGAUGAGAUGAGGACCAGAGUUAACAAAGAAAUGGCAAGAUAUAAAAGAAAACUUCUCAUAAAUGAAUUUGGAAGAGAGAGAAAAUCAUCAUCAGGAAGUUCUGAUUCAAAGGAGUCCAUGUCUACUGUCCCAGCUGAUUUUGAGACAGACGAAAGUGUCCUGAUGAGGAGACAGAAACAGAUCAACUAUGGAAAGAACACAAUUGCCUAUGAUCGCUAUAUUAAAGAAGUCCCAAGACACCUUCGGCAACCUGGCAUCCACCCCAAGACUCCCAACAAGUUUAAGAAGUAUAGUCGCCGGUCUUGGGACCAGCAGAUAAGACUCUGGAAGGUGGCACUGCAUUUUUGGGAUCCUCCAGCUGAAGAAGGAUGUGAUUUGCAGGAAAUACACCCCAUAGACCUGGAAUCCCCAGAAAGUGGGUCUGAGCCCCAGAUGAGCUCUCAGGAUGACUUCGAUGUCUACUCUGGCACACCCACCAAAGUCAGACACGUGGACUGCCAAGUGGAGGACGAGUUUGACUUGGAAGCUUGUUUAACUGAACCAUUGAGAGACUUCUCGGCCAUGAGCUAGCUGUGCCACCUGGGCCAACAGAGAAACAGGUGCCCCCGUACCCGGUGGGAGGCCAGUGAGGCCAGGCAUGUAUCACGCUCCUCUACCUGGGUGGUUUCUCUGUCAGUAGCUCAUGAUCUCAUGAUGAUUGUUAUUCCUGCCUUAUUGUCAUAAGAAACGUUAGUUUUAUGUACCAGUGAGUGUAUUUUGCAUGUUUUAAAUUGUUAAUGAAGCUAAAUCCAAGAAAAAGACUUGAAGCAGUUUUGCAGCAAACUUAAAUUGCUUAAUCUUGACCAUCCAGGUUAAACUUACAUGUAUCCUUUAACAGGUUUUCCACAAGUAUUUUAAACAUUAAGUUGCCACUUGUCAGGAUUGUUUUGCAUUUAACCAUGAAUUCAUGGGACCAGUUUAGAGUCAGCAUUCUCUGCCAGGGGUCUGACAAGGUAUUCUUUGUGCCAGACACCUACGUGUCUUCAUGGGACUGAGUUUUUGGCCUUUUACCAACAUGUUCAAGUGGUUUUUUUCCUCCUCUAGAGCUCUGAACAGUUACACUUAUUAAAUUAAUGGGUUUUAUGUCAGUUACACAGUCUUAAUUUGGUGCUUGUGAAUAGCGCUGGGUAGGCUCUUUAUCUAUAAUACUCCAAGAUAAGGCAACAGAGGGAUUUAGAACUUUUUUUGCAAUCACUUAAUUUACUAUGUAAAAUUGCUGUAAAUGAUAUUGUGUACAGAUUUUCUGUUCAAAUAUUCAAUUGUAAACUUCUUGUUAAGACUGUUAUGUUUCUAUUGCUUUUGUAUGCAAUGAUGUUGCAAAAAUAAAAAAGGAAACC